GUUCAUCGUGAUGGUUGUGCGUGCACGUAAUUCGUAUUUAGAACCUUUGUAUAAAGAAAAAUGACACGGAAAAUCCUCAAAACAUAGCAUAGUAAACUUUGAAUUUAUAAAUAAUAAUUUAUGUAUCACAAUCGAUCACGAAUCGCAGCGUGUUAUGUAAGGUGAACAAGAAAUAAUGAAUUUAUCGGGCAGUGUUUGAAUUGUCGUUUUGUGGGAAUCGAUAUUAGGUGUUAUUAAUGAAAUUACUAAGGUGCUCCAAGUGAUAUUGUUGUAUAGAACCUGUUUAGACUACAGUUAAAUAUUUUCGGUUCAGUACAAUCGUGGCGGUAAAAUCGAUAGGGGUAAUAAAAAAUGCAUAUUUUCCCCAUGGUUUAAUAUCGGUUCGAUACAAGCCGGUUUCGUUCUGGCCGAUGUUGUGUUUCUGAUAGUGCGAUCAGUGAUAUAAUGAUAUGAGUGAUAAAAUAUUGUUGUGAUUUCUAUCCUGAAACACUAAGGUUCACCAAACGAAUGACAAGGACUCGACGGUGAACUAUUAUGUGAUUUGGCGCGCGAUGGCGGCCAUUUUGAAUAUGUUCCGGUUCGAAUUGAGCGUUGUUUUGGCGCGAAUCGUCCUGCUGCUCGCGUGCUCGGUGUACCCGUCUUAUGGUGGCUGCAGCUUCCCCUCUGAGUGGACGGGCAGCUGGUUCCAGUCGGGGAUACCGCAGCUGAUUGGAAUUAACUCCACGCACAUACAGACGAAGGGGGAGUGUUCAGAGACGGAGUCGUAUGAUAAGUUCCUGCUGUAUGACAGGAGCUACAACUGCUACAGGUGUAUGGUGAUUCACGAGAAACACAAAUAUGUGCUGCAGUAUAAAGAAACAUACUGCAGCCUCAAGGAUUCAUUAUCCUCUAUCUGCGACGAGAUAAGCGGUGACGCGCCACUAUACUCGAUGUUCAGAAAGGAACCGAGUCCGACACCGCAGCCCUGCCCGUUUCACCCGGCGCCUUUCACUUUUACGUAUAAUAGAGGCACAGGCGAUUGUACAUAUCCCCCAUCCCGCGCAGAGUCCUGUACAGAUGAUUCCAGGCUUCUGCUACGGUACAUGGCCUGUCCUGAUGUUCCCGGGACUGAGAGUAAUGUGGAAGAACUAGUCUGCUUGGCUACAUGGAAGGAGGGUUCCACUCGAUACCUCGUGGGCCAAAUAUCACAAGUCCAGAGGAGGAAUUCCAUAGCAUCAGAUGAAGAUACAUAUAGGUGUUUCAUAUACAAAGGGCAACACAGUGACAAAAGCAUGUCGUACAUAAUAGCUCAGUCGGGUGACGCAACUUGUAAUGGCCUCUCUUCGCCGACUGAUGGCAGUAGGACUAUGAAACUUACUACUAGUGACGAUGAACACAACCGCUGUCACUUCCCCAGCUGGAUUGUGGAGCAUCACAAAUGGUUCAGCCUUGAUCACACGCAUCAGUAUCAUUUCACCACUAAAAAUGCUACUUUGAAGAUAAUGAACACAGACGGUUCCUACGAAGAGAAGCGUCUCGUUUGUCACUCGAUACUCGAACAGAAAGACAAGAAACACAUAACACUAGUUGCACACGUUACUAGGGGGUGCGAGUCCGGUCACGUGUGCCUCAAGUUCCACCGGCGUGAAGGCAACAUACUCGAGCUGCAGCACGGCACCACACUGUGGGACGCGCCGCAGGACGCGUGCGCCGACCACGCGCCCGGGGACGGCGUUACGCUCGUUUCUACGCAAUUGACUCCAAUGCGGUGUCCUCUCAUCGGACGAUACUCGAUCAUAGACUCGCUGGCUGACAGGCGUCUGCGCAGACAACAGACAGGCAACCCAGACGAGGACGGUCACACAGAGUGUGUAUCUGGCGACUACGAUAGCGCGAGUAUCGGCUGUAGCGCGUCGCAAAACACCAUCGAAUUUAAGUCAGCAUGUAUGAGCACUGUAUACACAUGUUACGGCAGUUGGCAAGACGGUACCCGCGGCUACGUCGUAGCAGCCCCCGUAGCACGCUCCUCUACGCACCCGCGGACUUUUUGCUUCGUGUAUACUACGAAAGCUGCUAAUGCAAGUGGUGGCGGUGAGACAGUAUAUCUAAGUGCAGUGGGCGGAUCAUGUUCCCGAACUGCAAAAACACCAGACGCAGCGUACAAUCUCACCUCUAAUGGCACAUGCGAACAAAGCAGCAAGUACAACAGCGUCGCUCACAAGAUGGCGCCGGCGGCCAUCUUGCUGACGUCACUAGUGCUGGCCUGCGUCAGAUGAUACUCUUGCAACGUGUAGAUCAGUGUGGGGGUUUGGCUGUGUGUUGGUUGUUUUAAUUAUUACUUUUUAUAAUUUGGAAUUUGUGGUCUGAAUUAUGGUAGGUUUUGAUGGAAGAAAAUUAUUGGGUUGAACAAUUAUUUUUUUUUGGUGCAGUUUUCAAAGAUGGUGUAGUAUUUCAAAAAGAGUGGUUUUGUUCGAAAAAAACAAAAAUUACAACAAAUAUUAAAAUGUUGCUCUGGUUAAUUAAAAAAAAUUAAAAAUGUUUUUUGCACUACCAACCCCAGUAUGUUAUUUUCAUUAUUUUUUUAAUAAAUAUAAUUUGCAUAAAAUAACCAUAUACACAGCUAAACCUAACCUAAUUAUAUAUAAAAUAGCGCAUUUAAAAUUAGUGUUGCUUUAUUGUGAUAAAAACUUUUGGCGGGAAUAAUUUUCAAAUGUUGCCAGCUUUAUAAUGGCAGCUAGUUUAUACGUUAUUUAUUAUCUGUAAAGUAAUUUUUUGGGUUUGAUUUUAAUGUGGGCGUUUUAAAAAACGAGCGGUUGAGACGCAGCGUUUAUUUUUACGGGCAGCUUGGUCUUGGCAGCUAGUAACAUUUUUUAUGUUAUUUUUUUAUCGUACAUUUUGUGAUAAAAAUACUUUGUCUUAUUGCUUAUAUAUUUAUUAAAUUUAGAAAAUUUUUGUGUCACCUUAAAGUUUUUUGUAUUUUAAAAUUUUGUUUAUUUAAAAUACCUUGUGUAUAAUUUUUUAUUUAAAUGACAAACGAUUGUAUUUUAUCUAUUGAAAAAAAACGCCGCGUUCAAAACGCUCGUGUUUAAAACGCCUGUGUAUUUAAAUUUUGUAUGUAUGGACAGUGUUUCCUAUAUAUAUUAUUAGUACGGACGGACGAAUGUAAAUAUAGUAAAAUAUGACUUUUUAUAAAAUUAUCUGGCUUUGCGAUAUUUGAAAAAAAAAAAACGAAAUGUCAACGCAAUUAUUUGCCACUUUUUCGUGUUAAAAAUGUCCAUUUUAGUUUUGUCUAAUACGAAAUUUUUUUUAUUUUUUUUUUGUAUUAGGGUUGUCACAAAACCCAGCAGCUGUUCAUUUUAAAGAUACGCUCAAUAAUUAACGAAAUAAAAACAUUUUUAUAAACUAGGGACAAAUAUAUUAUAGAUAUAAAACGCUUUUAAUUGUAUGCUAACACUAAGUAUAGAUAGAUUAAAAUAUAAACAGCUCUGCCUUUAUUUGUCGAUUUUUUUGGUAUAUUUUGCAAAUUCGACUGUAAAAAAUAUAUAAAUAUAAAUAAUCCAGUAAAUGCACAAAUUUAUUCAUUCAUUCAUUCGAAACAUACCAGUUAAUGUAAAAAUAUAGGAAAAAUAUGGAAUUUGCGAAAUGUACCGAAUUUAUAUUAUUUUUUUCAAAAUAAAAACGAGGGAACAACCAUUUUGUACAUCUUAAAAUGUUAUUCUUCGUAAUUAUUGUCUUGUUUUUAACGUCUAUAAACCAGUGAACUGUUUUUGAUAGUGUUUAUUAAUAUUGUACAUUCAGUAUUUCUUUUUGACUCAAUUGUAUUGAUACAAAUAAAACUGAUGUUUUGUAUUAAAUUUUUUUGUAGGGCUGCCAAUAAGUUACACUUAUUUUAUAAGCGAUCAAAUAAUUUGUUUAUAUAAUUAUUUGCAUUCAAAUGAAAAAGAAUGUAUCAUAUUAAUCUAAAAUUCAAUAUAAUAUUUUUAUAUAUAAUUGGUAGCCCUAACUUCAAGUGAGGUAACUUUAUUAUGAUUUUUUUUAUAAAAACAUCCAUAUUUUUAUGUUUGACAGCUUAUUUUUUUAAUUAACGGCGGGCUACAGAUAAUCAAACAUUAUUACAAUAAAAAAAUUAAAUAAUUUCUCAUUUAUCAAAGCUACUUGCUAACAUAAAUCCUGACCAAUAGUAGUAUUUAAUAUAAUUGCUCAUAUAAUAGUUUGGAGUUUUAUUUGUGAUAUGAAAUACUUUAAGAAUUAAAAAAUGUACAUACUAGAAGAGAAGUUCCUCAUGAGUUUUCUAACUUUUUAUUUGUUAUCUGUAUUACGUUUAAUAGUUUAAGAAUUAUCGAUGCUUGCCUAAAAUAUUUCUAAAAGUACCUAUAUUUAAAAACGUAGCCGAGAUGACUAUUGUAAAUAAAUAGCUGAUUAAUUAAUUCAUAUAAUAUAUAAUUUUGUAAUCGUAACACAUUUUUUAAAGUACAGGACAUUAUGGAGAUAAUAAUAAUAUGUAGUUAUGUCGAAUUGAGAAUAUAACGGAUAACGAUGGAAUAAAAAAAACGCAAAAGAUUGUUUUUUAAUUUAAAUUUAUAAUUAAGAUGUUGAUGCACAAUAUAAGUAAUACACUGUAGUAUUUAAGUGUGGCAACGCAGUGACACAAGCGUUUGACAGACUUUAAGAUUGCGACUGAAGGACUUGUUUCCAUGGUUAUGAAUAAAUUAUUAAAAAAAAAGCGUUUGACAGCUCACGUCAAGUUUGACAUUGACAGUUGACAGCUGACAGCUCGUGUCACUGGGUUGCCAGUGCCUUUGUUUUAUUUAUUAUCGAGAAAAAUAAAAAAUAAGCGAACCCACAAUGUGAAUAAAUGCACUAAAUUGUAUGUAAAAACUGUAUUACUGUAUUGGGAAUGUUGUUUCGCUUGUAAAUAUUUUUGGGUUUCGGCUGUAAACGAGUUUUUUUGGGCUAAAGUCGGUUGUUUUUUUUUUGUCAUUUUUUGAGUAUUUCUUACGAUCGCCAUGAGAUACGAUUUGUAACUAUUAAUGUAAGCCUAUCAUUAUAUUUUGAUUACUGAAAUAUAUUUGAAAAUCA